UGCGCAGUAUUGACGGCCCAAACGCCGGUGUUGUGCGCAGUCUGUUGCAGAAGCAGCAGCAGCAGCGGGGGUCAGGAGUACAGGAGAGGUUGAUGAUGGUGACGGCGGCGGGGUCCCGAGUUCAGGUUCUGUCUCUGUACCGGCGGGUUCUGCGUAUCGGCCGCAGCUGGAGGGCUCAGAGCGAGAGCGAGACGGAGAGAGAGAGGAAGUACAUCACUGAGGAGGCGCGGCAUCUGUUCAGACUCAACCAGCAGCUGACUGAUCCUGAAUCAGUUCAGAGGUGUGUAUCUGAGUGUGAGGCACGAAUAGAAAUAGGACUGCACUACAGGAAUCCGUACCCAAGACCAUUGUAUCUUCCUCCGAUGGGAUUGGCCACUCAGAAGGGCAGGAAGCUGAAAGCUCAGCAGAGACUGAGGAAACAAGCCAAGCCUGUGUAUUUAGAGUCACACGACGAGACAUGACACACAGACACACAGACACACAGUGCAAUAUUGUGUAAUAUGUGGAAAUUUCGCACAUAUGUUUUUUUUUUUUUUUUUUUUUUUUUUUUUUUUUGAUGUGCUGCAGAACCUAUGGCGCAUUUUACAUCUCAAAUAGUCUUGUACCCAGACAGCAUGCACAGUUAUUGUUAAAGAAAAACUACAUAUUGUACCUUUUAAAGGCAAAAUAAAAAAACAGUGUAUAAUUGUAAGCAAUGCAAAGAGGUUAAAAAAUUGACAUAUAAAAGAAUACAUUUUGGAGCGCA